CCCGGGAGCGGGAGCUGGGCCUAGGUUGGCGCCCUGAUGAGUGAGGGGCGCGCCGGGGGCUGGAGGCGGCAGGCAGUGGAGAGGGGCCCGGCCCGAGAGACGCAGGGCAGAGAGGCCGGGCCAAGCGCUGCGGCCUGCGUCUGCCCCGGAAGCUGAGGAGCUGAGAGGGUGGUCAUUGCCAAACCCAGACUAUUACACCCUCCGUCAUGCAGAUGGUCCUCAGCUGUACAUCACUGAACAGUCCCAGGCUGCACGCCCAGCUGAUGGAGAGGACCUAGUCAUCCAACAUGGAGACCCGGCUGGAUACCAUGAAGAUGCUGGCCAAGCUCUCUGCUGACGUGACUUUUGCUACUGAGUUCAUCAACAUGGAUGGCAUCAUUGUGCUGACGAGGCUUGGGGAAAAUGGAACCAAACUCUUGUCCCACUACAGUGAUAUGCUGGCAUUCACCCUGACUGCCUUCCUAGAGCUCAUGGACCGUGGCAUUGUCUCCUGGGACAUGGUUUCAAUCACCUUUAUUAAGCAGAUUGCAGGGUAUGUGAGCCAGCCCAUGGUGGACGUUUCAGUCCUUCAGAGGUCCCUGGCCAUCCUGGAGAGCGUAGUCCACACCAGAAGAUACCAGAGUCUGUACCAGAAGAUAGCUGAGGAAAUCACCGUGGGACAGCUCAUCUCACACUUCCAGGUUCUUUUAGACAGUGGAAAUUAUAAAAAAAAGCAAAUUCAAGCGGUUUUCUUGAGUUCAAAAUGGGUCGCAAAGCAGUGGAGACAACUCGCAACAUCAACUACACAUUUGGCCCAGGAACUGUGCAAUGGUGGUUCAAGAAGUGUUGCAAAGAAGACGAGAGCCUUGAAGAUGAGGAGUGUAGCAGCCGGCCAGAAGAAGUUGGAACUGACCAAUAGAGAGCAAUCAUCGAAGCUGAUCCUCUUACAACUACACGAGAAAUUGCCGAAGAACUCAAUGUCAACCAUUCUAUGCUUGUUUGGCAAUUUAAGCAAGUUGGAAAGGUGCAAAAGCUUCUUUUUUUUUUUUUUUUUUUUUGAGAUGGAGUCUCACUCUAUCACCUAGGCUAAUGCAGUGGCACCAUCUGGGCUCACUGCAACCUCUACUUCCCGGGUUAAAGUGAUUCUCGUGCCUCAGCCUCCCUAGUUGCUGGGAUUACAGGCACCCACCACCACACCCGAUUACUUUUUGUAUUUUUAGUAGAGCUGGGGUUUCACCAUGUUGGCCAGGCUGGUCGUGAACUCCUGGCCUCAAGUGAUCUGCCCGCCUCAGCCUCCGAAAGUACUGGGAUUACAGGUGUGAGCCACCACGCCCUGCCAAAAGGUGAAAAAGCUUGAUAAGUGGGUGCCUCAUGAGCUGACCAAAAAUUUUAAAAAUCGUCGUUGUGAAGCGUUGUCUUCUCUUAUUCUACAUAACGACGAUGAACCAUUUCUUAGUUGGAUUGUGACGUUUGACAAAAAGUGUAUUUUAUACAACAGUGAUGACCAGCUCAGUGGUUGGACCGAGAAGAUGCUCCAAAGCACUUCCUGAAGCCAAACUUUCAUCAAAAAGAGGUCAGGGUCACUGUUUGGUGGUCUGCUCCUGGUCUGAUCCGCUAUAGCUUUCUGAAUCACAGUAAAACCAAUACAUCUGAGAAGUAUGCUCAGCAAAUCGAUGAGAUGCACUGAAAACUGCGAGGCCUGCAGCCGGCACUGGUCCACAGAAAGGGUCCAGUUCUUCUCCACGACAACACCCGACAACAUCUUGCACAACCAACAUUUCAAAAGUUGAAUGAAUUGGGCUACAAAGUUUUGCCUCAUCCACCAUAUUGAACUGACCUCUCACCAACCGACUACCACUUUUCCAAGCAUCUAGAAAAUUUUUUGCAGGGAAAAUGCUUCCACAACCAUCAGGAUGCAGAAAAUGCUUUCCAAGAGUUCAUCGAAUCCCGAAGCAUGGAUUUUUACGCUACAGGAAUAAACAAACUUAUUUCUCAUUGGCAAAAAAUGUGUUGAUUGUAAUGGUUCCUAUUUUGAUAAAGAUGUGUUUGGGCCU